UUUUCCGCCGAGUUGGGCCUCUUCCUCUCUGGGAAAACCAAAGUUUUGACAGGAACUAAAUUCCAAAAUGGGGAAGGUACAGGUCGGCCAGGGAAGGGAUUUGAUGGUAGGCCUGCAAGCGUGGUGACCAGUGCCUGUUAUACAGGCAGUCGAGUAGGCCAGGAUGCCAGAGAUGACAGAGAACCAGACUCCUGGCCAUAAACCACGAAAGAAGAAAAACAAGGAAUCUCACAAUGCAGUUGAGAGACAGCGAAAAGAGAAGAUCAAUGCUGGAAUUAACCGUAUUGGGGACCUUCUACCAUGUUCCCAGGCACUUAAGCAGAGUAAGAACAUGAUCCUGGACCAGGCCUACCUUUACAUAAGUGAGCUGCAGAAACAAAAUGACGCCAUGCUUCUCGAAGGGGGAGAACGAGUACAAGUUGAGGAGAUCCGACGGCUGCGGCGUCAGCUGGACGAGCUGCGAAGGGAGAGCGGCCAUUACAUUGAGUUGCUCAAAGCCCACGACAUCAACUUCCUGGACGACCCCACCGUCCACUGGAAGGGAAAGCUGCGCUGUGCAAAGGUCGCCAAAGUAACGCCCACUCACCAGCUCCCCAAAGGAAUUAUUGUCUACUCCAAUGGGAAUGUGAUAUGUCCAGCAGGGAAGGAACCUAGUCCAGCUUCCGAUCUGGGGAAGCAACCAGUCGAGGCUGGGAAUGUUCAGUCGUCUUGUGACAUCACAGUAGGGGAUAGGGUAUUCGGGGCUCUUCAGCACGUCAGUKUCCCUUCCUCUGCCCCUCCGCUCCUCCCUAGGGCAACCCUAGCCCCUAUAGUGUCUACACCUGGCAUCAAGCUGGUGGAACAGUGUGUAGAAGAGGUACUUUUAGCCCACAAACUACCCCCCUCUGUGUCCUACAUCACCCUCCAGGGUAUCUGCCCUCUCCCCACGGUCACUGCAGCCUUGCCCCAGCCUGCCACCCCAGCCCCUAGUCUCACCGUUGCAGCCAGUCUGGACACCCCACUCUCGCUCCAUCCUGUCCCCAGCUUUACAGCCCUUCCCCAGGUCAUAACCACCCAGAACGCUGCCAUCAGGACUAUGAGCUAUACGACUAUCAACAGCAGCCCAACCGUUCUCGGGGCCAGUGCAGCAGGGAGCACACAGACCACCUGGACUACCUUACAGCUGGCUGGGAACACAGUGCAACCUGUCUGCCAGUCACUCCCCACCCCAGAGACUAGCACCUCUGGGCAGCAGAGUAUCCAACAGAUUGUGGGCACUAAACUAUCAGUUCAACCCAUUCAUAUUCAAAUGAAGCCACAGGUACCCACACAGCCCCAGACACCCAUCACUGCCCAUAUCCAAGCCCAUCCUUCCAUCCAGAGGAAACCCCAGCUACGGCCAGCUAUCCUGGCCCAGCACCAGGCCCAGCCAGUCGUGGCUUCCCAGCCACAGUGUACUGUCCUUCCUCAGUCAGCCAUAAUGCCCCAGCCUGCUGUGGUAGCCCACUCAACUAUGAURUCACAACCUCAACCUGCUGUACAACAACAGGCAACAGUCCCCUCCCAUCCACAGACUGUCCUCAUGACUCAACCCCAACCAGCUAUGGUUCCUCAGGUCCAGGCUCAAGCCCACCCCCAGGCAGAUGUUAGGCCCCUCCUCCAGACCAUGCAGGUAUUGCAAAUGAACCCUACUGGGACAGCAGUUGCUGGGGUAACGACUCCCCAGAACACUAACAACCCGAGUGUUGUCAUCCUACAGCAGGCCAAUCCCUGCUYAGCCCAGUCGGUUGUCAGGGACGACUUAACCAAUCAGACGCCUUGUCAGCACAUCGUCAUCAUCCAGGCYUCCAAUCAGCCUCCACCUGCACCUCCUCAGAACCCUCAGGUUGGCAUGGUGCCCACUACAGCACCUGUCAUGCCCAAUCAGAUUGUCGCAACCAGCUGCCCAACUUCCACCACUGGGCAACAGAUCGUUGGGGGUAAACAGUUGGUUCACAUUCUACCACGUCCCGUCCCUCAAACCCAGACACCCCAAGCCCCCCCGGUUCCCCCGAACCCUCAGACCAUCACUGUGAACGGGCAGGUGUUUGCCCUGCAGCCCAUGAAGACCUCAAAGUCAGGCUGUAAGGGUGGCCAGAGCAGUCUCCAGCUGAUCCAGCCCAGCACCGCUGAGGAGCCCAGCACCGCUGAGGAGCCCACCACCAACAUGGCUCUGCACACCCUGGAAGCCCUCAGCAGUCUCAACCAGAGCUUCUCACAGGGCAUGCCGUCGUGCAUCUCCACCCAGAGUAACGUCCAGCUGACCCUUGCCCCACCAUCCUACUCUAUAGUGCCACAGCAGAAGUUAUCUUCUGUCCCCAUUUUAGCAGCUCCACACAGUUCCCCCAUCAGGCAGAUCCAGAUCCCCAGUGUGACUCCACACAGACCAGGGCUGGCGAUGGGUACAGGGAAGGCCUUGUGGAGACAGCCUGGCACAGCCUYAGUGCCCAGACCUAAGAGGGCCACCACCAAGAGGACCAAGUUAGUGAGGAAGAAGGAGCCCAAACAGGGAYGGCCUGUCACCAUCGCAGCGAAGCCAGUGGCUUUAACAGGGGACCAUCUGGAACAAGAGGUCACUGUGCCUCAGGGAAUCCCAUCCUCUGUUGCUGUGACAGUUCAGCCAAAGCCACUCCCUGUCAGCACUACAGCUAACACACCCACAGUUAGUAUUAGUGAGGCUUCAGCACAGACCAGACCUGUUGAGCUUAGUAUCAACUCUACACUGUCCUCUCCUGAAGGUAAUAGUGUGACUACUAGUUCAUAUAGUGGACCAACUGUCUCCAGUGAAUGCCCCACACAGAGUAAAACCUCUGUGACAAGUGUCACUCCGUGUACUGCAGCAGUUAGUAGUGGUAGUAGUAUUAUUAUUAGCUCCACACAGAGUGAACUCAUUAUCACUAGUGUUGUGAGUCUAGCUAUUGUCACUUCUGCAGCAGAAAAGCCUACAGUCACUUCAACUGUUUCUUCUCAGAGUCAACAACCUGCGGUCGCCGUUAGUGACAGCUCCACUCACCUCAGACGCUACAGUCACUUCAACUGUUUCUUCUCAGAGUCAACAACCUGCGGUCGCCGUUAGUGACACUCCACUCACCUCAGACCUACAGCCAGUUCAACUGUUUCUUCUCAGAGUAAACAACCUGCGGUCGCCGUUAGUGACAGCUCCACUCACCUCAGACUACAGCCAGUUCAACUGUUUCUUCUCAAGAGUCAACAACCUGCGGUCGCCGUUAGUGACAGCUCCACUCACCUCAGACCUACAGUCACACAGAACAGACAGCCGGUCACUACUACUAUCAGCACUGUGCAAACUAGAUCAGCUACCACUAAUGGCAGUUCUAGACAGAGCAGAUCUAUGGUGACCGGUGCCUGUUCCACGGUGACCAGAUCUAGGUCUACGGGUGUGAUGUCUUCAGUAGCAUGUCAACCCUCAGUCAGCACUGUAAACUCAAUAGGAAGUAGACCAGUGGUGUCUCUCCAGUCUGCUCAGCUCACUUYGUCAUCACAGGGUCAGACCAAGGCAGCCAACAGCCAGGAGUCUCAGCCUACAACCCAGACACAGUCCCAGCCCAUGGCUUCUCCUUCGGGCCCCUCCACUCCAACCCCCUGCUCCGGUGCCCUGUCUUUUGCCUCACCCUCUGUAACAGUCCCCAUGACCAUGCCAUCAGAAUACAGGAAAUGGGUCCCCUAUAACAGACCCUCGACCCAGCAAAUGACCAUGCCCAYUUCCACACCAUCCCAUCSUGCUGAGCUGAAAGUGACAGCGGUGUCAGGCAGGGAGAAGGAACCUCAGGGAGAGGGCCACCCCAGCGCAGCGAUGGAGAAAGCGAGCGUGAGGAGUGAUGCUGCUCCCUCUAGAAUGGACUACACUCUCCCACAGCAGGUGUACGCGCUAGACCACGAACCCAUGGCUCAGCCUCCGGCUCCUAACAGACAGACUGACUCGCUCAUGUCUGGUGGCGCAGGUGGUGGAAGGAGCUUCUCUGUGGCGUCUAUGCUUCCCACAGGCCACAGUGUCAGUUCCUCGCCAGGUCAUUUUGGACCGUUCACUUUUGCCAGCGAGCAGGCUGAUAUCCUGGCUAUGUUGGAGCAGGACAGUCCCGGGAGGAGGGUGGGGGGCUGCACCGUGGACAACUCCACCUCAACAAACACCCCAACACCUGCAUGGGAACCCAACUCCAAGUCCCAGCAAGCCUCCAACAGCAAAGAGAGGGGUGCUGGACAACAGACAAAGCUCACCAAACAGAUGGAGACUCCAGUGGCUAAACAGGUGUCUGUUAGGGGCCAGGCUGGAGAUCAGACAUCCGCAGUCAGACAUCCACAGAACAUCUCCUUCUCCCAGUCCCACUCUCACCCCCAGAGCCAGGCCCAGUCUGGUACUUCCGGCACCCUCAGCGUCAACAACCUGAUCCGGCCCAGCUCCAGCCAGCAGCAGGCCUACCCAGGCUCCCYCAGUCUGGCUGGGCAGCUGGGCUCAGUCCCAUCCCCUGCAGGGAACUCAGCCCAUGUUUCCCAAAACUCCACCCCUGUCCUUCCUCCCUUCUCAGGCUCAGUCCAGCUGAACGAGUACGCCCCCCUGAUGAGGCCCCAGGUGGGGGUGGGUGAGCCGCGAUACAUCAAGGACUUGUCCAAGCGGCCAGCCCAGGAUGAUGUGAUACUGUCCAGCAGUAACAAGCGACAGAAGACCUGCUCGUCGGCCUCUAACGUGGGCCGCAUGGAGGUCAAACCCCUGGACCACAGCCAGAUGAUGGUACCCCAGCUACCCCCUACCACCUCAUCCAUCAUGACCAGGAUCAACCCAGACGGAGUGGGUACCCUGUUCUCGGGCAACACCUUCAUGAAUACAAUGCUCCGACCCACCGAGAGCCACUGCACCCCCCAGCUGCACACACAGGAACACAACCAACCAGGUGUGCUCCACCUGCCCCAUGGCCACCCCCAGCAUGGUGCACCCCAGCCAGGCCAACACCUCGGGGGGAACCCCUACCUGAAGCAGCAGCAGCARCAACAGGAGCACCAGAGGCACCACCUGUACCAGCUCCAGCACCACCUGAUCCAGCCUGACCCUGCACAGCUCCACAGCCUCCACCAGAGGGCGCUGCAGCAGGUCCAGAAGAAGCGGGGGCUGGUUGGUGGGGGUCAGAAACAACACCACCAGGAGAAGGGAGGAGUUCAGCAGCACCAGCAUCAACAGUCACAACAAUCACAUCAACAACAACCUCAAACACACCAGCAGCACCAGCAACAGUCACAACAACAGUCACAACAACAGCACCAACAGCAAACACAACAACAGCACCAACCACAAGCCCUGUCACAGCAGCAACAUCUACAACAACACCCUCAACAGCAGCAGCAGAGCUCCCACUCCAGACACCAGCACCUCCAGCAGCAACAGAUCCAGCAGCAGCACUUUGGGUCGCGGCACCAGGAGAAGAGCUGUGAGGCCCAGCCAGGACCAGCGGGACCCAGAGGUCACCACAGCAGCCACCUGGCCCAGGAACACCUCAAGUCUGAUCAGGACCACAGCACCAUGCAGAGGCUGAUGAGCUCUAGAAACCUGGAGCAGCACCUGACCUCCCAGCCCAGCAACCCUGCCUCCCAGCCCUCCGACCUGGGCUGUGCCCCMCCGCGCCAGGAUCACCACCGGGUCUCCAGCUACUCUGCAGAGGCCCUCAUUGGGAAGGGCUCGUCUAGUGAUGAGCAGCAGCGCAUGGUGCUCCAUCUGCAGGCCACCCGCGGUACUACACAGGAACAGCCAGACCUACGGGGAUACCUGGACACACCCAGAGUGAAGGGCAACGUCACACACAACCCUCAGAGCCGGCUGCCCCCAGACCACCCAGGUUCUGCAGACGUCCAGAGGGUCUCUGAGUGUCCUCCGUUUAAAACAAUGGCCGGUGCUGAAGGGGGGCAUCAGCUGGGGGGCUUUGAGGACACGACACCUAAAUCAGGUCCCUCCUCUCAGAGAGGCCAGCAGGGGGGUUUCAGGAUGAACCCGGGGCCUCCAGGGGAUGGGCGAACCCGUGGGGGGUACAGUGGACCCCAUCCUGGGACGCAGGGGGUGCAGAUUGGUGCUCCAGGUCUUACCCGGGACCAGGAAGGGUGUCAUCAAAGUUUUAUGCAGAGUCUCCUGGAGCAGAACGACCACCAGAGGGCAGUCCAGUGCUGUCCUCCGGUCAGUAUGGAGUACAGCUGUGUUUCUGGCAACUUGGCAGGGGACAUGCAGGCUAAAGCAUCCAGCCCCAGUGUUCCUCCCACCCAGAAGGCCCCAGCUAUGAGGCUUGGGGAGGGCAACAAGGGCCACAUUCCUCAUGGUAGUGGGAACAUGGGCACCCACCCAGGGGUACGGACAGGCCUCCCCCACCCUCUUACCCCCCACAGCAGCUCUGAGCCAGGCCGCACCACAGCCUCCUCCAGACCGCCCACCGCAGUCAGCCAGCGCUCCCGCCAAAUCACCCAGGAGGCCCAGAGCGGGAAGCUGAGGCCUGGAGAGCGACCACGGUCAGGCAGCCUGAGACCUGGGAACCCCUUUGAGCCUGACGUCCACCUGCUGGGUCGACAACAGUCAGGGAGUGAGGCGCGGCGCAGCAGUAUCGUUCGCUUUAUGGCAGACAGUGCCCAGGUCGCCGGGGACAACAACCUGGUGCCUGACCAACACCUGGCCCAGAACUUUGGCUUCUCCUUCAUGCCGGAUGGAGGAAUGAACCUCCCUCCUAUCAACGCCAACUCUACUUUCAUCCCCCCUGUUAGCCAGACCAACUCCUCCCGCCCCUCGGCCCUGCUCCCCGUAGAACCGCAGAACACCUUACCCUCCUUCUACCCCUCCUACCCCCCUGCCGCCCACCCCAGCCUGGCCAGCGACAUCCCCAUCCAGUACUUCUCCAACCAGAUGUUCACCAGCCCCAGCGCCGACAAGAGCAGUUCUGCCCCCCUCAACAACCGCUUCGGCUCCAUCCUGUCUCCCCCGCGCUCCGUAGGGUUCGCCCAGGCAACCUUCCCCCUACUCUCAGACAUGCCCCCUAUGCCCAUCAGCAACUCCUCUGGCAUCACCCCACACCUGUCCAACUUCAGCCUCACUUCGCUGUUCCCUGAGAUCGCCACGGCGAUGCAGCCUGAUGGUUCUGUCAUGCCAAUGUCCCCUUUGCUGUCCCUCUCCAACAAUUCCUCUGCAGACUCAGGCAAGCAGCCCAACCGCCUCGCCCACAACAUCAGCCAUAUCCUGGGGCAUGAUGGGAGCUCUGCCGUGUAGGUGAGGGGACUUAAGGUGUUGUCGUGCCAACGUGGCAGUCAGGAAUGUUCUGAUUCCAUUUCAGAUGAAACAUUUAUUGAGUUGUAUUACGUGGAGUAAUGUCAUGCCAUGGCCAAUUGAAUUGAAAGGAUUUCAACUCUUCUGUUUGGAUUAAAGCGGGUGGAAGGGCUGGUGAUCUUUUCUGUUGGUCAGCUGAAUGGUAUUUCUGAUAUUAUUUAUGGUUAGUGUUAUACUUUAACUUUCUGUUCUAUUGAUACCCUAACAUGGCAGCGGAUGCCCUAGUUACUGAAGUCAUAGCAUUUCACUGAUCAGGCACUCCUAUGACUARGAUGGGGGAAAUUAAGCUUGUAAACCAUAUGGUUUGCAAAUAGGUCUGACGUGACGACUUAUCUGCUCGUAAAAUUAUAUGAAGAGUUUUGUACUUUCAUUGACUCACUUCUAAAAGAGGAUUUAUUUGAAAAACAUGUGCACAAAAUUCUCAAAUUUAAAUUUACUAACUUAAAAUCAGGGUGUACAGUACAGAAUUUAUGAGAUGUUUUGUAAAUAAGUUUCUUAUGAUAAUUGUUACUUUGAUAUGUGUGUAUCUGUAAAUAAAUAAAGUUGAUUAUUAACAUUUUUUUAA